UUUCUUUUUAAGGAAAACUGCCAAAAAUGGGAAACAAAAAUGUGGUGCUUGCCAGCUUUAUAUUGUUUUUGAUGGCUGUGAUUUUGGCUCUUACAUACCACUUGUGUUCUGUGCCCAGGGUGCAAAUCAUCAUUCUGCAAGCAAGUGACCUUCAGUCAUUUCAUGAAGAAAAAGAUGCCAUCAGACCCAGCAAAGACAAGACUGAAAGAGUGCCAAUGCUACAACAGCUGUAUUUAACAUUCAGAGAUAAUAAUAAAAAGGGAAGUAAAAAUGAACAGAUAAUUCAAUCCACUAGUCAGUGUUCUGUUAUUGAUGAUGCUCAUAAAUUUGACUGCUACCCAGAGGCACUCACUGACAAAGCAAAAUGUGAAGCACGAGGAUGCUGCUGGCAAAUUCCACAUUCAGGUUCAUUCCAGAAUCAGGAAAAGAACCCUAUCAACAGACCUAUGGGUGUCCCCUACUGUUACUUUCCUACAAAUUUUCCAGGGUAUAAGACAGGACUAAAAGCAAUAACACCAACAGGAUUUUCUGUAGCUUUGAAUAGGAACACCACAGCUAUUUAUCCAGAUGAUGUCCUGAAUUUGGUUAUGGAUGUUAGAUAUGAGACAGAUUACAGAUUAAGAAUCAGAAUAUUUGAUCCAAAAAAUGCAAGAUACGAAGUUCCCUUGAAUACACCAAAAGUGACAAAAGCAGCACCCACACAGAAAUAUUCAGUGGUUGUCAGUAAAACAGGAGAUCCAUUUAACUUCGCUGUGGUGAGAAAAAUGUUGACACCAGCUGACAAACCAGCUGUUUUAUUCAACACCUCUGGAGCAGCUCCUGUGAUAUUUGCAGAUCAGUUUAUCCAGCUAUCUACAUUCCUCCCCUCUAAAUUCCUAUAUGGACUCGGUGAACAUCGAGGCAGGCUUCUUCAAUCCAUGGACUGGAGGAGAUUGACCAUGUGGAACAGAGAUCAGGCUCCUCAUGAUCCUGAUACAGGUACCAAUUUAUAUGGUCAUCAUCCAUUUUAUUUGAUGAUGGAAGAUGGAGGAAGGAGCCAUGGUUUCUUCCUCCUUAACAGCAAUGCCAAAGAAACUGUUCUACAGCCAGCCCCUGCUUUGACCUGGAGAACAAUUGGUGGAAUUCUUGACAUGUACAUGUUUAUGGGCCCAAGUCCUGGAGAGGUUGUCCAGCAAUACACAGAGGUCAUAGGUCACUCCUUUAUGCCACCAUACUGGAGUCUGGGGUUCCAUUUAUGUAAAUAUGGUUAUCAUUCGGUGAAUGAAACAAUGGAGGUGGUUAAAAGAAUGCAAGAAGCCAAAAUUCCCCAGGACACACAGUGGAAUGAUAUAGAUUACAUGGAGAAAUAUCGAGAUUUCACAACAGGCAUUACAAAGUUUGGAAACCAGGCUGCAAUGGUGGACAAAUUACACAGCAUGGGAAUGCACUAUGUCAUGAUUGUGGAUCCUGGAAUUAGUAAUAAGAGCCCUUCCCCUUACCCUCCAUAUGAUGUUGGUACAAAGAUGGACAUCUGGAUAAAAGACAGCACAGGAAAACCACUGGUGGGCAAGGUCUGGCCAGGAAAUGUGGUGUUCCCAGAUUUUACCAAUCCAAAGACUACAGACUACUGGACACAGAUGACCAAAGCUUUUCAUGACAAAGUCAAGUUUGAUGGAAUGUGGAUUGAUAUGAAUGAACUCUCCAACUUCUUUGAUGGCUCACUGACUGGUUGCCAAGAAAAUAAAUAUGACAAUCCACCAUAUGUUCCAGCUGUCCUUGGUGAUCAUUUGAAGUCAAGGACAAUCUGUGCCUCAGCUCAGCAGAAUGCGUCCUUGACCUACAAUGUCCAUGACUUGUAUGGUUUAACUGAAACCAUGGCAACAUAUCAGGCUCUGAAGACUGUAAGAGGAACAAGACCUUUUGUGAUUUCUCGCUCCACUUUUGCCGGUCAGGGACAAUAUGGCGGACACUGGUCUGGAGAUAACUUUGCACGUUACGAAGAUAUGGCUCUCUCUAUACCAGAAAUGUUGAAUAUGAAUAUGUUUGGCAUCUCCAUGAUUGGUGCUGAUAUUUGUGGUUUCCAUGACGACACCACAGAACAGUUAUGUCAAAGAUGGCAACAGCUGGGAGCUUUUUAUCCCUUCUCCAGAAACCACAAUGAUCUUGGAAAGAAGGCCCAGGAUCCUGCAGUAUUUAGUGACGCCAUGAAAAACUCCACCAGAAAAGCCCUCACUACCAGAUACAUACUGCUUCCUUAUCUGUACACUCUAUUUCAUAAGUCCAAUGCCAUGGGAGAAACUGUGGCCAGACCUUUGUUCUUUGAAUUCCCACAUGAUACCAACACAUACAGCAUUGAUGAUCAGUUUAUGCUGGGCUCAGCUUUAAUGAUCACCCCAGUGUUAACCAAGGACACAACUAAGCUGAACACAUACUUUCCUGCAACUGUUUGGUAUGACUUUGCUACAGGGAACAGGAUUAUGGGUAAUGGCUCCAGAAUGAGUGUGGAUGCACCAUUGGAUGCCAUCAACUUGUAUGUCAGAGGAGGAAAUAUUUUACCGAUGAAGGCAGCUUCAAUGACUACAACAGAGAGUCGUAAGAACAAUUUUAACUUGUUUGUGGCCCUGAAUGGAACAGGACAGGCAGAGGGAGGGCUGUUCUGGGACGAUGGAGAGACUAUAGGUACACAUGAAAGUGGAACCUUCAACAUGAUCAUGUUUAUGGCAGAUAAGAACACAGUUACCUCUGGAGUGAUGAAGGCAGGUUACACAGGAGAGAACAUGAAACUAGAAUUCCUCUACAUAGCUGGAGUAGAUGCACAACCAAAGACAGUCACUGUUAAUGGUGGAACUGCUCAGUUUAAAUAUGACUCAAAUAAUAAGACAUUGAUGGUUUAUCUUCCACUUGUUGACCUCCUGAAGCCAUUUACUGUGAAGUGGAUGUAAUUUGCUUCAGAAGUUCAAAGGUCAGAUGAGGAGGAAUGAGGACAAAUGUUGCCAGAUUUUCAUACAGUUGACUAAAAUUAAUUUCUUAGCGAAGUCCUUUCUUCAAAUGAUAAAGUUCUAUCAUAAAUUGCCAGACUAUAGCUUAUGCUGUUCAUUCCAUUUCUACAAAUCAUUCCUUCAUACUUUGUAAUAUUUAGUAUUUUUUACGUUAGUAAAUAUAUACAUGUACCUUUGAAGCAUUGAGGAACAGUCAAAAUAAUUUAUAUAGAGAAUAAUACAUACCCUUUUCCAUAUCACAUCCUGUAUCAGCCCGAGACACCAAUAACAGCCAGAGGGCCGAAGGCCCGAGGGCUGAUAUUGGUCGAGGGCUGAUAAAGGAUGUGAUGUGGAAAAGGGUAUGUAUUAAUAUGUUUAUUACAUACUUAGUAAUAAAUUACAGCAUACAUUAAGUUUAAAAGAAAAUAAGUAAAUAAUCAUGCAUGGACUUCUUACAUAGAUAUACAUGGUCUAUUGUCUCAUACGAUUUGGGUUUGUUUCUACUUCUAUUUCAAUGCACUAGAUCCGUAAUUUGACAUUAAUCUAUUACAAGUAUUUGUAAAUUAAGAUUAACCUUAUUUUCAAAAAGUUAAAAUUAAGAGAAUAUGAACCCACCAAAAAUUGUGUAUGAUCACAAGUUUUUGUGGUUUAAUUUACUAAGGGUGUGAUAUUUGACGUCACAAUAGCCGUAUCAGCCCUGCAGGGCUGAUAUGGAUCUGCGGGGCUGAUAUAGGUUAUCAGCCCUGCAAAUCCAUAUCAGCCCUGCAGGGCUGAUACGGCUAUUGUGACAUCAGCCAUAUCGCAUAUGCAAAAAACCUGCAUUUAUUACUAAGUGUGUAACAAACUAUAUUACGAGCACACUCUACCCAUAUUUUCUAUGACAAUGUGAGUGUAUUUUUUGAAAAUAGAGCAAGUCAGUUUAAAUACAUGUAGUAUAUUUCAUCAGAUGUACAUGUAUGAAAUAUUGCAUGUUAAUCUGAAUUAUUUUUCCUCAAUUUUAAGGUUGUAGACAUGUUUUGUUUCAAAAUUCUAGAUUGGUUUGUCCAGAUCUUAUGCAUUUAAAAGUUCUCUGUCUUUACUUUAGUAGAAUUGUAGAAAAUGCAUGCAUUUAUUCAAUUACAAUGCAAUCUUAUAGCUUUAACGCACAGUCUUAAAUAUGAUUUGAAAAGAGUGUUUCUGCUAUGUCUCUCAUCAUGAAUGAAAAAAUGGGGGUGGGGUGGAUGAGAAUUUAGCUGCUCUAUCAACUUUAUCCCUAAUUAAUUAUUUGAUUGACUUUGUAUGCAUCCUCUGAAUAUUAUUGACCCUUCCAUGCCAAAUGGCGCACCUUUCAAUAUGAAGAAAAAGAGCUUGGAAAGAUAGGUGUAAAUGUUACCUUCUAUGAACCUUUAGGGACGUUGACAAUUACAAACUACUCUCAGUGAAUGAUAAGUUUUUCUCUUGUUGCGUGUAUCCAGUGAUAUAAGUAUUACUAGUAUUCUAUGUCCAGUAUGUAUCUCUUUCAAGAGCUUUAUACUCUUCACCUAACAGUGCAUUUCUUAGAUUUGCUUUGAAUAUUCUUAUGUGCUUCAAAUAUGAACAUAAUGAUGUGAACAAAUGUGCAAGUAUGGAGUAUUAAAUCCCCUAUAGUGAUAAAAGCAGUGUGAUUCUGAUUCAAAGGUUGACUCAUAAAUGGUGCUAGUAUGACAUUAAGUGAUUUUAUUAUGCAUAGUUUUAUUGACAAUACGCAGUAGUGUUGCUUAUGCAUUGCUAUGCAAUUUGAAAAUGUUCAGAAAGUCUCUACCUGUUAUACAUGUAGCAUGUUACGCUUUUUAAAAAGUAUAAUGUAUUUUGAAAAUGAAUAAAACAGUUCUAUACAUUUUU